CCAAUUACAAUUUGAGGUUUUUUGCCAAUACAAAGUGUCAUAUGAAUUGAGUGAUGUUAAAAUGAUGUAAAGAAAAUAUAGUAAAAUGUUUAUUAAUGAUGUUCACAAAAAGGAAGAAAUAAGAAAUAUUGCCAUAGAACAUUUAAGAAAAUAUGGUAUCAAAUACAGACCAAAAAAAUGUCGGCCCGCCACCCAGGCACUUAAGUAUGGGAAAAAGGUAUUUAAAGUUCCUCUUCAAAAUUUGGAGACUGAGACUGUCACUUUAUCAAAUGGACAGCAAUUGAAAAUCCCAAAGUGUAUUCAUGAAAUGUGUUCAUACAUCCUAACUAAAGUACAAACAGAAGGUUUAUUUAGAAAGGAGGGGUCUAGAUCACGACAAAAUGAAAUAAAGUUAUCUUUAGACAGAGGUUGCUUGCUUGGAUAUGACCAUCAUGUAAUUGAUGUAGCAGGGGUACUAAAAUGUUUCUUGAGAGAAUUACCAGAACCUCUUAUACCUUUUAAUUUCCACGAACUAUUUUUGAGAUGCAGCAUCAUUAAAGAUAAAUUAGAUGCAUUGUUAUUGAAUUGCUUGUUAUUACCUCCUGAGCAUUUGAGUGUCCUUAAUUAUUUAAUGCAGUUUUUCUAUGAGGUUGGUACUUAUUCACAUUCCAACAAAAUGACUUAUAGCAACUUGGCAAUUGUAAUUGGUCCAAAUAUAUUGCCAGUGGAAGAAAAAAUAGUACCAAAAUCCUCUUUAGUUGUUACAAAAAUUUGUGAUAUAACCAAGCUACUCAUAGAAAACUGUAGAAGUAUUGGUAUAAUUCCAGAUUAUAUAAUAGACCAAAUAGGUCAUUUAGGCGACAUCGAAUCUGGGAAAAGGCAGAAAAAACGACGAAGCGGAUCACUAACAAGAAUGCUUAGCAGUAUAAAAAAAAUUGUCGGUAGCAAAAAUGAUGAAGCACCGUGUUUGGAUCAGUUGGUUACACCCGAUUUGCUUUUGAUGCGUUCCACUAAUGGGUCAGUUAAAAAAAAACGAUCGGAAGGUUUAUCCGCCAAAAAAAAAAAGGAAUUGUUGACUAAGUUACCCGAUUGUGCACUUCUAAAUAACCCUUUUACUCCAAGUAGGACAAUCAGGACUCCAAUCAGUAAUAACCCCAAUGGUGGAAAACUAAGUAUAAAUCCAGUUGAUAACGAAAAAGAUCAACCUUUGCAAAAAGAGAAAAAACAUCAUUGGUACACGCGAACUAAAAGUAUGAAAAGCAUUAAAGAAAAUGAGGAAACAGCUAUCAGUCUUCGAAGAAAUAGCUUAGGCACAAAAGGAAUAUUGGAACGUCGUUGGUCGGCUGUAAGUAAUGCAGCAAACUUUAGAAGGAAGAAAAGAAGCUCUUGUAUCAGUACAAAAGAGGAAGUUGCUUUAGUGGGCAUUGAAAAACAGGAAAAUGAUUAUGUUAGGGUCCCAAAGACUGAAUAUGAUGCUAUUAAAAAUAGAGUCUCUGCAAUAGAGAAACGAAUUUCGUUAGAACUAGAUAAUGCAAUAUGUCAAAUGGAGACCGACAUAGUAGAUAUAAAACACGGCAACAUUCAAAACGUACAAACUGCCUAUGAGAAAACUUUGGUGCAAAGUGGAUCUCUUAGUCCCACCACUGAUCAUUUAGCAAAAAGAUUAAGUAGAGAAUUAAAAAUUAGACGUAGUGCUGAACACAGAAUUAUUCGGUCGCCAAGUGCCAGAAAAAUUGGAAGUAUUAGGCAAAAGUCAGGGGAAAGAGAGAAACGAAAUUCAGCUCUAGUAAGACAUCAAUCAUGGCAUGUCGGGUCAAUAAGGGAUCAUGUCGUUCCAUCAAUCCCCAGGGCUAGCUUAAGAAAAAAGAAAAACCCAACCAAGGACAAAGUUCAGUUGCUACAGGCAUUUGAGAAUACAACAGUGGUAGGGGCCAAAGUCAAGCUCUCCUCAUCCUAUUCAAAAGCGCCAGGUUUAUCGUCGUCGCCUUCAAAGGCAAUAAAUUCGUCACCAAUUCAACAUCCAGCCUUUGGGGUUGACUCUUCAGAGAAUAACACAUUCAAUGAUUCUGGUGAGCACUGGACUAGUGCGGAGGGGUAUUUUAAUAGUACAAAAACUCCACAAGAAAGCGUUAAUAAUACACGUGCUUCAAUUGCUAAGUUGAGAAGUCAGAAUAUUGGAAUGGUUCGAGCAAAAGCUAGAUUAUUUGAUACAUUGCAAGACUCUGGGAAUUCUGCCUCUGGUCAUUCCUCAAAAUCACUUACAGGAUCUACAAGAAAGGCGACUGCAAAAGCGGGGUAUAAAAUUGGUACAACCCGAUCAUCCGAAGCAAGAAUGUCUUACAGAAUAAGAGCUUUGAGAAAUGAAGAAAGAAGAUCAAGAAAGAGCAUAUCACCAAGGCAUAAAAACUUAAAUAUUUCUCAAAAGAGGCUACAGCAGUUAGGUAGAGAGUACAUCCGAGCCAAUAAAUCUAAUUCGCCAUAUUCUGGAGAGGACUUUACAAAUUUGACAACCCCCCGACGGGGCCUCAUUAGAAGUGACACAGUGUCUUCACCAAGAAAAACAGCGCAAAAUAUGCCUCAUAUAAAAACACCACUGGCUGUGAAAACUCCGAAAGGAUUAUGCCGAACCCCAGCUUUUGUUAAUAAAAAGACUCCCUUAAAAGUUUUAAGUACACCGAUCUGA